UUAAUUUACACUAUUUCAAAGUUUAAUAAAUGUAAACUUCAGAAUAUAUUAGCCGUACAGCUCGUUUAGCGUGUAUUUAAUGCGUUUCGUAGAUGGAAACUACUGUGGUGGAAUGUAACGUAUAAAACUUCAUUACCCACAAUGCCUUCCUAUAGCCAACCCCCAACUCUAAACCUCUUGGUAUGAAACUCAAAUCACGGGCGGGAGAAGACGAAGGCAGACGUGAAGCUAACGGCGUAAGAGCGUUUGAGGAUUUUUAAAUUAGAACAAGAGUUUUAAAUCGAUAUUUAAUCGUUAACAUAUUUAUGAAUGAACCGAGUAAAACUUUUAAGGGUAAAUUUGCCAGUUAAGGUCGAAGCGAAGGCAGCAAAAGCAUUGACGACUGAACUGACGGCGGAGAGACGGGAAGUGAUUCAACAGCGUAAUGACGAUGAUGAUGCCGAGGGGGCAGAAGCGCAAACUCUCAACAGAGGAGGAUGCUUCAGACUAUAGAGCUCCCACCUGGGAGAGCCAGCAACAGUUUCUGCUCACAGUUUCCCUCAACAAGUAUCAGUGCUCCCAGCAGCUACGUGAGCCCAGCCUGCGACGGUCCGUUCUCAUAGCCAACACCCUGCGGCAGAUCAGCCUGCAGAUGUCUAUGGUGCCAUCAGUCAACGCGGAGGUGUCACAACCUCCAGGUAUUGCUUCAUCUGCACUGACAGCAAGUAUUGCCGCUGCAGCAAAACGUCACUCUGCUGUAACGGUUGACAGCCGCUCAGCUCUGGCCACCUGCCCCAUGGUUUCCUUAAAUUACUCACCAAAUUCUACUGAAAAGACAAACUACUCGAGCGAAUCAAAUUUCCAUAUCAGUAUAGAGGAUGAUGAGGACUGGGGAUCGAUGUCCACUGAUACUGAUUCAUCUCUUUCAGCUGUCAUUUCCUCUAUUCUUGCCGCACUGGACUCUACUAUAGACGGGAAUCCUCAGCCAGCUCCACGGAUACCCCUCAGGCCCUUGGAGAACAUGUCCAAGCCCUAUGAGGGAAGCGUGGCCUUGGUAAAUCACGGACUCAGAGAUCACGGUGACUGCAGGGAGCAGCAGGAGGACGGCAGCAUGGAGGUAAUGAGGUCCAGCUACCUUGGUGAUUUCACUGUGGAGGACUUGUUCCAGGAUAUAGACACAUCCCUGGUGGACAUGGACAUGGGAGGGAUUGGGCACAGAAGCACUGAAGGUGGACACUCAGCUGGGGAUGACCUGUUUAUGUACCUGCCACCUUUCUCCCCCCACUCCCCUUUCUCACCACACUCUUUAACACCCACCUCCCAAAAUGCCCACCCUGCUUUGAUUGGCCAGUUGGCAUGAUGAAUACGAGGCAACACUGAUUAUGUAUAGUGACUGUUGUAAGCCCCCUAAGAGCUGUUGACCGCCUUUAAAACAGUUUCUUUGGGCGCUGUUAACUGUGGAGCGACUACUUGUUUAAAAAACAUUUUAUCAAAUGUUGUGGCCCUCAUUUAAGAAUUUUGAUGUUGUUAUUUUUGUGUAUGAAUUUUUAAAUUCAGCUAUCCUUUACACAAAACUACAGUGCUCCCAAAGUCCUGUAAAGGUUCUUUCUUUCUUUCUUUUUUUAAAACAAAUAAGUCUCUGGACUAAGAAAGAAAUUGCCUCACUGGACUUUAAGGUCUCUGUACAACACUGAGGAAAAAUAACGAUGAUGGAUUUGAUCCAUUUUAACUACAUAUUAAUGGUUUAUACAUUACUUCGCAGUCUAAUGAUGAUCCCGAGGGGGCAGAAGCAUAAACUCACAUCCUCCUCUUCCCCUCAAUCCAAGUCUGAUGUGUUACCUUCCUUCUCCACCAGCAUCUGCUUCCGUCUCUUAUCAAAAUCAUGUGAGGGGAAGGAAUUAGCUCGAGCAUCUUUAUCAUAAACUCUGCUAGAGCUUACAAAAAUGGGUUGCAUGCAUGAACACCCUCACUUGCCGUCUGCUCUGUCCUCUGUCGAACAUUACACAGCCUUUAACCGCUGGCACAGGUAAAGGUCUGUGCAGUGUCUGGUAUUUGCCAGCUAAUGUUGAGGACAUUCAGGCCUGCAGUGCAUGUGUGAGCUACUGUGUUUUCAGUAAAGCUCUGGGUACAUCCACAUUAAUACAAUUUAGUUUUAAACUGUAACCUUUACUGUGUUUAGACCUAACAAUCACACUGCUAUGGAAGACGUCUAACACUGAGAGUUUUUAAAAAUGCAAUCUGAGCUUGGAUUAUUUUUUAAUGGUUGGCAGUGAUGGAGCAGGCAGACAUGCUCUUUUUCAAUGUGUCAGAAACGCGUGUCUGCACGGAGAUCUCUUUCCUUUUAAAGCACCAUUUUAAGAUUUGCAUUCGUCCUCGGUGUGAUUUUUCUGCAGCCCUCUGCUUUCUCUUUACACCGACGCAGGCUUGCUCGGUGUACCUGAACAGUCAGCAUGCUAGUUUGGACGAGUGGUUCUCAAACUGUGUGGCAUUGACAACAGGGUGAAAAAUUCAAAUGAAACUGAUGUUUGUUGUUUGGUUUUUUUUCUUUGUUGAAUGGAGGAAUACGUUUGAUGCUAUUGCACUGAUGAUAUGCACCUUGUAUAAGUAAAAUCCAACUUUUUUUUCCCUUUUUUCUUUGUUGGUGAUUGGGGUGAUUUUUGGCUUCUGAAGUGGGGCAUGCCACAAAAAGUUUGAGAACCACUGGUUUGGAGAGAUUAUUUAUAAAAACUGCUAAAACAAUCAGAACAGAGAUAAUUUUCAUUUAAAAGUAUUAGUGUGGAUGUAAGAAAAGGCAGCUUUCAGUCAUGCACUGGUGUUCAUCCAUGCAGCGAUUUGACUGUCAGAGCAGCACAUGAGACAACUCCUUGUUACCACAAAUGUAAAAGUGUGCAAAAGUGUGAGCUCUGAGAUUUGAUUUGACUAAUAUUGGAUGGAGAGGAUGGUGAAACACUAAUGUUAUAGGUCAAAUCUUCAGUAAAGAAAUCACUUAGCAUCUGACAAAAAUGAGGUUAAGUGAUCAGGUCAGGAUUUUAAACAGUAGAAACAGGCAGGGAUCAAAGAUUGUUAUCAAAAGUAUUGAUCAGGUGGAUUGGCCAAAAGAUGUUCACAGAAACAGCAUUUAGUUCAUUAACAAAAUAGUUACCGCGUUUGGUGGAUUUUGGCGUUUCAUGCAGAGACUGAAAAGCAUGAAAGCAGAAUUGGUCUCGUCUGAAGAGUUUCCUCUGAGUGCAGCUGUGGCUCAGGAAAUGAUGUGACAGAUGGUGGUUGUGAACCGCUCUGUGCACUGUUGUAGUUUAGUUUUUUUCCUUUUUUUAAAGAUGCUUUAGAGCCUUUACAGUACUGUGAUGAUAUAUAAAACAUCCUCACCCACUCAAGCGUGACAGUCCAAAGCCACUGGUCACGUCACCUCGGGUAUCUGCAGCCGUUAUGCAACAGCACUUUGUUGUUCAGAUGUAUUAUUGAUCAGGUGAUUGGGUCCAGAUGGUGCCGACUUCCACGCUGUGAGCAGUUCAUUAAUCAGUAGGUCAGUUUCUGCCGGUUUUAGCGGGCUUCACUUUCUCAGUGGUUUAUCUUUGAAAUUGUGGCAGUUUUGUCAUGAUAUGGAUUCAUGUUUGUUCAAUUAACAGUAUUUAUUUUGAGAAAAGGUGACAUUACAGGGAACAAGUUCAUUUUCAGUUCUGUUAGAUGUUACUGUAGGAACAUGUAGGAAUUUAUACCAACUUUGCUGAAAUACCUGACGGGAUGAAAUGUUUGAGGAAGCACCCGCAGUGCUGGUUGUUGUAUUUUUUAUAUCCAGGUUAUCUAUUGAAGUUGCUUUCUAUGCAUACGUCCUUUCUGAGUAGCUGGCUUGCAGCUCCAAACUAUUUAUAAAUGACACGUUUUGUCAACAGUGAGUAAUUUAUUAUCGUACCAUACUGACAUAUUACUAAUGGUGUAUGAAAAUACCGUCAUGGCAGUUAUUUUAUUUACUUUCAUUUUCUCUACGCUUUAGAGAUUUGUAAGAUAUGUUUUAAAGUGUGGGGCAGAAUGCCCAGAUACUGUGUAUUUGACCACCUGUUUACCUGUACUGAUGUUUUGUAAUAAAAUAUGCAACUGUGUAAAGAAAAAGAAAA